AUAAGUCAUAACAAAAUAUUGUCCCGAAAACAUAUUAUAAUUUUUUUAUAUUGGCAAUUCUACAUAUGUGUAAUUUUCUAGGAGUAUAUGAUUCAAUUUUAGAUAAGAAAUAAUGUAUUGUUUUUACAUGAAUAUAUGCUUAGGACUCGUACUUAGUAUUAAACCUGCUCUGACUGUUCCAACUCGAAACAAAUAUGAUGUAGAUGAAUUUUUCAAUGAUAUGAUAUUAACACAUAAGACAAAGUUCCAAAAAUUAAUGGAUAAAAUUGUAGACAACGCUGUGGAAAAAAUCAACGUAAUAAAUCAAAAGGGAAAAACAAAUCAACCCGAAGACCUACAACAAUCAGUGACAAUAAAUAGUAACAAAGUUAUAUCAACAAGUUCUUCUAUGGCAACCCUCAGCUUUAACGUUAGAAAUAUGAGACAAAAUGAAAAUUCAAGGUAUUUAAAUUGGCGGAAAGAAACAAUAAACAGUACUCCAGAGGAUGGGAAAAAGUCAAAUAAUGCUCAAUAUGAUGGUUCGGACAAUAUUGUUGAAGUACAAUAUAGUACCAAAGUAAAAAAUACCAUGAAUUAUACAGGCAAUUCUAAUGAAGCACAUUACAAGGGCAAAAGCUAUGUUAAAAGAAAUGAACUCAUUUCCGAAAAAUUAGCAAGACAUAUCAAAACAAAUAAAGAAAAAUCUGUGUUUAGAGAAGAAAAAUAUACAGAUAAAAAUAAUGAUAAAGUAGAAAGUAAAAUAAAUAUUGUAGACAAAAAUGACAAUAUUACAAAGCGAUAUACAAUGAAAUCAAACAUGGAUACAGCAUCAAAAGAACGUGAUGAAAUAAAUUAUCCUCAUGAAAUAAGUCAUAAAAAAUAUUAUGCUAAUAAUAAUGACCAUGUUUCUAAGGAAUUAACUAGAAUUAUCAAAAUAAAUAAAUCUAAAGAUGCAGAGAUUGCAAUUAAACCAGACUUUAGAGAAGCGGUAGAUGAUAAUAUAACAGAAGGUAAAAACAAUGGUAAAAAAAAUAAAAAUCAAUACAAAUCAAAAAAAUAUAUUGAAACAUCACAUGAAAUUAAAUAUUCAAAAAAAUUUAAUACUACUGAUGAAAUUGAUUAUCAGGAGGAUGCAAGUCAUGAAAAAUAUAAUACUAUGAAAAGUGUCAUUGUUCCUAAGGAGUUAAAAAAAAGUAGUCAAUCAAAAACAUUAAAGGAUGCGAAAACUGUGAUAAAACAACAUUCGAGAGAAGGUACAUAUAAAAUAUCAACUAUUGAUGAAUUUGAAAGGGAAAAGAACAAUAUCGAGAAACACACAACGGAUGAAUAUAUAACUAGUCGUUUAAAAACUACAACGUUGGAACAGGAUAUUGAUGCAACACAAGUACGUAGCAAAAAGAAAUAUUCAAAAAAACCGUACAAGAAAAUUGUUGGAAAAAAAUAUCAUGUAAAUCGCAAUGCUAAAGAUAAAUCAGUAGAAGCGAAAGAUGCAGACAAAUCACUAGAAACUAAAAAUAAGAAAUCAAUGGAGUCAAUUGAAUCAUAUGAUAAGAAAUUAUUAACAGGGAAUUCUAGUUCUAAAGAGUUUAUUGAAAAAGAUAAAAUAAAUAAAUUGGAUGUAAAAGAUAUGACAGAUCCUAAUUCUGGGAUACACACGUCUGAUAAAAGAUUAAAACGUCUCACUACAAGAAAAAUAGAUCUAACAGUUGAAAAAAGCACAAACGGUAAAUUAAACUAUUCAAAAAAAAUAAAAACCAAAGGCGCCGUACAAUCUCCCGAAUCACAAGAGAAACAAACAAUCGAAGAUUUAAAUUUGAACAAAAAAAAUAUUGAAAACGAUAAGACAAAGAACGUCGAUCUUGAAAAUACGAGUGUAACUAGAAAAGUUAUUCACUCUGAUGUAACUAAAUGUGCAAGUAUUGAAAAAAAAGAGUAUCGGUUAAUGAAAAAAAAUUUUGAUAGAAUUGACAAGAUUUACAAAAUACUAAAAACCUUCACAAAGGUCCCUGAAAUAAAUACGACGAGAAAUAACAAAAGAAAGAAGAGUCAUAGACAUAAGCAUUACGCUAAUAAUAAAUUUGGUUCUCAUAAAAGUAAAAAAAUAAAUGACGAGAUCGAAGAAAAUAAUAAUAAUUAUCUAGCAAAACGAAUAAAAAACGUUGUUAAAUUGAAAAAGCCUUUGUCGUGUGAAGAGUCUUAUGUGACAAGAAUAAUUAGAGACGGUAGAAUCGAGCUGAUUAAGGAUGAAAGUUCAAUUGAAAUCGAAGAGAACAGUGAAAUAUCAGAAAAUAUUGCUGGACAUUCAAAUGAAACAUCUGCAGCGAAAUCUUCAAAAAAGUACUACAAACUUUCACGUGAUGUAGAACAACAUUUCUAUGUGUACUUGUAAAAUACAGCUAUUAAAUCUGAUAAAA